AUGGCUCCCUCAGCCCCCGGUACCGCCAGCAAUUCGCCGGCCAAGAAGACAUCGGCCCCCGAGAAGAAGUACAAGUGCCAGUUUUGCAAUCGCGCGUUCAGCCGCAGCGAGCACCGCAGUCGACAUGAACGCUCACAUACCAAAGAGAGACCCUUCAAGUGCUUAAAAUGCCGGAGUACCUUUGUUCGCCGCGAUCUUCUCCUACGCCAUGACCGUACUGUUCACGCUAAAGAUGGCGGGAUUCCCCUGGUUGCGGAGGGUCGUCGCCGCGGCGGUGGGGUCCAGAAAGCGUCGACGGCAUCCGCCCCGUCCAAGCCUUCGAUCACCAUCGACCCGGCGACGCUGGAGCAGAUCGAGGCAAGCAGCGAUGGUAUGGUCGAUCUUGAAACUGCAGCCAUGUUGAUGACAGAUUUCCAACAUAAGGCUGCAGCAGCGGCAACCCAGGUCUCCGAGCGCGCCGAUUCAGAACGCUCGCUUUCUCCCGCCCGCGGGUCCUUCGACCAUUCCGUUUCGUACCUCUCGGGGAACGCAACCCUACCUCAGAUGCCUUGGGAUACGCUCGUCUCGUCCACGGACCCCAAGCACGAUGGUCAUUUGCCCACGUUCGUGGACCGCUAUGGCCCCGUGGGUGAUGUGCUCGCGCCGUCGCUCCACUCGCUGUCCAAUUCGCUGCCCAUGUCUGGAAACUCCACGCCGAAUGCGCUGUCGCCGUAUCCGUCUAUGACGGGUCCCGUCAGCCCGGUCAACUACCGUCGGUCGCCAGGGCCGAGCCAGGCUUUGACUCUGCCCAAGGCUCCCCAGAUUGCUAACGAAAUGGAACGCAAUAUGGUGCUGGAACGCAUCCAGAGUUUUGAUACUCUGGGCGCGCUGCCGGAGACCUUCCAGUUGCCGUCCACCGUUGUGCUGAACCGGUAUUUGUCGACGUACUUCAACCUGUACCACCAUCAUCUGCCGUUCCUUCACCAGGAGUCUUUCCAGCCCACCUCGACCUCACCGCCACUGUUGCUUGCUGUCCUCUCAAUCGGCGCUUUGUACACGUUUGAGCGCGAGGACGCUUUCAUCCUCCACAUCGGCUCCAAGGUCUUGGUCAAUCAGUUCCUGCAGCACAAGGAGAACUUUGACUCGCGCAAGUGCCCCCUGUGGUCGAUGCAGAGCACUCUGCUGAACAUGGUGUUUGAAAGCUGGAGUGGCGACGCCAAGGGUCUUGAGUGGACUUGCUCCAUUAAGAGUCUACUGGCCAACAUGGUCGCUGGCAAUCGCUAUCAGUACAAGCUGCGGACGGAGGCUCGCCAGGGCACCCCUCCAUCCCGUGACGAGUGGAUUGAGGAUGAGUCCUGUCGCCGGACUUAUUUCGCCGUGUACAUCUUCUUCGGCAUGCUGACGCUCACGUUCAACCACACCCCUGCCAUGAGUUUCGACGAGUUCGACAACCUGGAGCUUCCAUCGUCCGAAUCUUUGUGGAAUCUCGAUGCCGCUGAUGAAGAGACUUGGCGCCGCACCUUGGCUUCUUCCAGCACGCUCACUGUCCGCGAGGCGCAUGACUUCCUCUUCCAGGGCGAGCAGACCCGCUAUAGUGCCUUCGCCACUCGCGUCCUCAUCAAUGCUCUGUUUUUGCAGGUGUGGAAUCACAAGCGCAGUUUCGAGGCUCUUCAGGAUGUGGUGACCGAGUACAAGCUGCGCCUGGCUCUGGAGACCUGGGAGAGCUCCCUGGAUGUGUGCGAGCCGGAAACGAUUGUUGUUCCCCUGAGUACGCCGCAGAAGGGCCACCCGCUCAUCUUCAACUCGAUGGCGGUGUACCGCAACACUCGUGCGCGCCUGGAAGUUGACCUCAAAUCCAUCCAGGAGGCCAUGCGCUACCACUCCUCAUACGAGGUGGCGGCUGCUAUGACUGUCGCCCGCGAGAAAGUCAAGCGAUCACAGGAGAUGAACAAGGUUGUUCAGCAAUGUUUUGAGUGCAUUGAGAUUGCUGCUAUUCAGGGCAUCAACUGGGUUGCAAAGACCUCCGCCACCAACUGGAGCGUCGAGCACCCUCUCUGCGGCCUGGAUCUGAUGGUCAUCCUGAGUCUCUGGCUCUAUCGCCUGGAACAUGACGACGAGCCCGCGACUGAGGCGGAACUGGCCAUCUACAACAAGGUGCGGAAUUUGUUCGAUGAUGAUGCCAUCGACGCUUUUGGGAAACUCAGCUCCACCGUGGCCCGUGUAUGGGGUAACAUCCUAGACGGUGUGGUGGUAUGGGGAAUUACCAAGUUGAUGGGGGAGUCGUUCAAGCUGCAUUCCCAGGCCCUGGUUGGCUACGAGGACUCGCUGCGAGUCGGUAAGGACCAGCCGAUCCACGCGAUGCCGACCAAGACGCUUGCUAGCGUCGGAACCGCUUAUUAG